AUGAACAAUAUUGGCAACUUGAAUAUUCAAUUACUGAGCCCUUCCGCAUCCUCGCAACAAGCAGCUGGCAGUGGUAGCAAAAGGGCCACGCUAUCAAAAUACCAGGAGAAUUAUAACGAAGCGGAAGGCCUCGAAGGUUUCGAAUUCUAUGGUGAUUUGUCAUUUUCUAAAUUCACAAGUACAAAUGCUCCCGCUAAGUCACUACCGAUUUUAGUACGCGAGGGUAAAGGCGAUGAAUCUCCGUUCAUGAAAAGGUUGCAAGAGAAGGCUGGAUCCGGGUCUGGAUCUGGAUCCAAAUUUUCUGAGCAUCCGGGGUCUUUGCAACCUACUUCAUCUCUGCCCCGUCGUGGAACCAAACAUCAACCGAGGGAUAACAUGUUCAACCCAUCUCCACGACGACUUCAUGAAAUAUCACAAAUGAAAGUUAACAAGUUUCAUGAAAUUAAACCGGCAAAAUCUCUUGAGGAAACACAAACAACACCGAAAAGGGCUACGUCGGUGAAGAUAUCCCUAACUCCUGCACAAAAAACACAACAGCAGAGUCAUGUAUACACCCAAGGUGCGCUCGAUAACUUUGAGUUUGGUACUUUAGUAGGCAAUGGUGCCUUCGCUAGUGUUUAUAAAGCAAAGAAUUUGGCUACUGGCCAUGUUGUUGCAAUCAAGCAAAUACGACUUGAUCUGGAUCAAGAUGUCGGAGGGUUAAUGGGAGAAAUUGAUCUUUUAAAGAUUUUGAAGCAUCGAAAUAUAGUCAAGUACCAUGGUUUUGUUAAAACUGUGUCGUCCUUGAAUGUCAUACUUGAGUACUGUGAAGGAGGGUCUUUACGUCAGUUGUACAAAAAGAGAAAAAGUGGUCUUUUUGAAGACGAGAUUGUCAAAUAUGUGAGAGAGAUACUAGCUGGUCUAAACUACUUACAUGAACAAGGUGUCGUGCAUCGAGAUGUUAAGGCUGCAAAUGUGCUAUUGAGCGACAAAGGCGAAGUCAAGCUAGCUGACUUUGGUGUUGCUUCAAAAGUAAACUCACAACAUUUCACAGUUGUUGGAACGCCAAAUUGGAUGGCACCCGAGACUGUCCUUGGAGGUGAGGGCCUUUGUACUGCUUCAGACAUAUGGUCGCUAGGAGCCACAAUAAUCGAACUAUUUACUACACACCCUCCAUAUCACGAGUUGAAUGCAAUGGCCACUCUCCAUGCUAUAGGUACUGAUGAACAUCCACCAUUGCCCAAACACAUUUCAUCGUUAGCAACUGCCUUUUUGUUAGAGUGCUUUCAAAAGCAGGCAGAUUUAAGGAUCAGUGCAGCCCUAUUGCUUAAACACAAGUGGUUGAACCAGGAUGUAUCUGCUGACUCGGCUACUGAAAGGAGAAGGGUGUCGCAUGUUUUACCACCUCUUAAUCAGCCCAUGUCAUUGAAGUAUGCUAAUGAGGACGUCCAAACCCCUCUAGAACUACUGGACAGAGAAGUGAAGUCGAAAUUUUCCAGGAGCCAAUUAAUUCUGAAAACUAAACUCUCCAAAGAUGACCUAUUGAACAAAUUUCAUGAAGAAGACGCGCCUGACCUGUUUCCCUCGUCCAUAUUUGCCAAAGAAAGCACUUCUUUGGCGGUUUUCCACAAGGAUUUUGACGAGGUUGAGGAAGACGAUCCCUUUUUGGAUAUUGAAGUGGACGAUUUCAAUACUAACGAAAUCGAAAUUCAAGCCAAAAUGGAAUAUUUGGUGACAAAGUUGACCCACAAGUUGGAGCAGGUGCAUGCUGGUAAUCUGGACGUUGUCGCAAAGCUAAUCAAGGUAACGGGAAGAAUGCUACAUUUGAUCAAGAAAUACCAAUUUCUGCAUGACACUUUUAUCCGGGAUCAUGGUAUUCUUUCACUAAUGGAGCUACUAGAGUCCCAUCCAGAUAUUCCCAAGCAAAAUCAACUAUGGUACCAUGUUUUAUCGGUAUUAAAUCACGUAUUUGAGUCAAAUGUUGGCCAAUUGGAAAAUUUCUGCUUCUUAGGUGGGAUUCCGACAGUUGCCCAUUUUAGAAGCUCAACGCUAGUUGCAAAGUUUGUUGAAGAAGAUCUUGAUGAUGCUCCUACAUUUCCCUUGGUUGCUAUCGACACAAUCCACAAUAUCUUAACAAGAGAUGUUAGUAGAUCAAAGUCGGACAUUUGUCGGAUUUUGUCCAAGCACGGUGUUUUGUUUUGGUUUAUUGUGUUGUUGAACAUGCUUUUGAAAAGGCGUCAGCAAAGUCACUACAAAUUGGUGCUGCAAGAUGACAUGGAGUUAGCUGUUGGUAAGGUAGUGGACGUCCUCAAGUUCUUCAGUCAAGCGGAAACAAAAGUUAGGAUUGCGAUUGCUAACGUGGAUAUAUUCAAACUAUUAGUCAAAUUAUACGAUGACUUGCAAUUAAGUCAACAAAUUGUGAUUUUGAAAUUCUUUAGAUCAAUGUCAUGCAUAGGAGAUGUUUUAAAGUAUCUUUAUAAAGCUGAUAUUGUGGAGUUUUUGGCUAGGUUGUUGGAAAAAUAUGUCCCGUUGAGGUCGAAUUACAAGGAAAUAAUUAACAAUAUUGCCCCGCUCUUGUACAACUGUCUUUCAUUGAAUCAUGCCAAGGAGAUGGAGUUUGUUAACUUGGGUGCCCUUCCACAUUUGAGGACAUUAUCGAUGGUCAAAUUGCCCUUUCGACAAUUCAUUUUACCAAUUGUUUGCGAAUUGGUGUAUUGCGGCAAAUCGGUGAGAGCUAAAUUGAGAUCAUGCGACAUCCUUGGUUUGUAUUUUAAUUUGUUGCUCGAUCCAUACUGGCAAUCGAAUGCUUUAGAGGCUUUGUGUGCAUGGUAUCAGAUGAGUCCUCGACAUAUAAAAAUGGACAGCCCACAAGCCAAUGGCUGUUUGGCUGCUGGGUUUCUUUUGCCCAAGGUUGCUAACUUGGGGUCUGUUCUUGAUGUAUACUUGAAGUUAUUGGCUUUGGACGGCUCCUUGGUGAAAUCCAUGCUGGAGGUGAAUAUAGUUGAGAACAUCUUGGUAAAAUUGAAAGGAUAUCCUCAAAACCCUGUCAUUCAAGUACAGUUGUUGAAACUUUUGAAAGUUGUUUUGAUGAAUGUGCUGGCCUUCGGUUUCAAUAGUCAGGUUGAAAAGGAUGAGAAAGAGGUAAUGAAACUGGUGGCUAAUACAUUACGAAACCUACCUUUGCGUCAAACUUCGCUUUUGGUGGGAGAAAUUUCUACUGAAAUCUUGCAUUUGAUUCGAUUUUUCUAA